GGAGGAAAAAUCAGCCUUACAAUUUUAAUACUUAUCCAGCAGAUUACCAGCUGCACAAAGAUUACAUCUUCUCAUCAGCAUAUUUCUGUUCCUAGACAUCUCCAUUAAAUGGACUACCCAGGAAACCUUUCCUCCAAAGUACCUUCAUUAUGACCCCGAGAGCUCUCGUCAGCUGAUGUGUGACAAAUGUCCUCCUGGCACCUUCCUGAAGCAGCCCUGCACGGCAAGGCGGAAGACCAUGUGUGCCCCUUGUCCCGACCACCACUACACGGACACCUGGCACACGAGUGACGAGUGUCUGUACUGCAGCCCAGUGUGCAAGGAACUGCAGUACGUCAAGCAGGAGUGCAGUCGCACCCAUAACCGCGUGUGUGAAUGUGAGGAGGGGCGCUAUCUGGAGCUGGAGUUCUGCUUGAAGCACAGGAGCUGUCCCCCUGGGUUUGGAGUGCUACACCCGGGAACCCCGGAGCGAAAUACAGUUUGCAAAAGAUGUCCAGAUGGGUUCUUCUCGAAUGAGACAUCAUCCAAAGCGCCCUGUAGAAAACACACGAAUUGCAGUGCAUUUGGGCUCCUUCUAACUCAGAAAGGAAAUGCAACGCAUGACAAUAUAUGUUCUGGUAGCAGCGAAUCAUCGGCUCACAAAUGUGGAAUAGACAUGACCCUGUGUGAGGAGGCGUUCUUCAGGUUUGCUGUUCCUACAAAGCUUACCCCGAACUGGCUCAGUGUCCUGGUAGACAAUCUGCCUGGCACCAAAGUAAAUGCAGAGAGCGUAGAGAGGAUAAAACAGCGACACAACUCACGAGAACAGACUUUCCAGCUGCUGAAGUUGUGGAAGCAUCAAAACAAAGAUCAAGAUAUGGUCAAGAAGAUCAUCCAAGAUAUCGACCUCUGUGAAAACAGUGUGAGGCGGCAUAUUGGACACAUGAACCUCACCUUUGAGCAGCUUCUAAAGUUGAUGGAAAGCUUGCCUGGGAAGAAAGUGACGACAGAAGACGUUGAGAAAACAUUGAAGACGUGCAAAUCAAGUGAGCAACUCCUGAAGCUGCUCAGCCUGUGGAGGAUAAAAAAUGGUGACCAGGAUACCCGCAAGGGCCUGCUGCACGCCCUAAAGCACUUGAAGACGCACCACUUCCCCAAGACUGUCAUUCAGAGUCUGAAGAAGACCAUCCGGUUCCUUCACAGCUUCACCAUGUACAGGUUAUAUCGGAAGCUAUUUUUAGAAAUGAUAGGAAACCAGGUCCAGUCAUUAAAGAUAAGCUGCUUAUAACCGGAAAUGGUCACAGAGCUGUUUCCUCACCAUGGACCAGAUCUAAUAAAUGAGUAGACUGUUUCUCAGGCUCUUGAGGAGGGAACAAUGAUUUCUUUCUCAUCACCAAGGACUGGCUUUGACCCCAGGGCCCAAAAGAAACUAUGGUGUGGAGAAAGAACGCUUAUCUCUCCCCCAAAGUAUAAUAAACCCCAAAUUGUUUAUCCAGCUGACACAUCUGGUCCAGUAUCUACUGACUCUAUUUUCUCUUGUUACUGCUUGCAGUAAUUCAACUGGAAAUAAGAAAUGAGACUCCAUUGUGUCUUACUAAAUAGCAGAAUGUCUAAUUUAAAUAGCUUUGA